CUAUUAGGUUGGUGCCCCCUACCCCCUCCCGUCGCGGCAUCUGACACUGGCUGACUUAGAAGCGCUUUCCCAGCACGAAGUGAGUGGUGUAAGCAGGAUGGUCUGAUUUUACGAAAAUCAGUGUUUCCCGGAAACAGCGAAUCUAAAAUUAAGUGGGCCUUUUAUCCAUUUGAAAGUGGUUUGCCAAGCAGCAAAAGCCUGACCCCCCAUCUCGAGGAGAGUCUAACUGCUGUCAGUGCAACUUUGCAGCAGAGAAAGGACAAACAAGGAGGAUGUUUUGACAUCUCUGGAUCUGAUAAAGUUUAUUUUGAGUGUUCCUGAGUUGCUCCUACUCAGACAUGAACGGAUGUAUAAAGGGACGUUCCCUGUGGACAGUUGGAUUAGGCGUUAUUCUGGGAGUCUGUCUGAUACCAGUCCUUACCUCUGUAACCGGAAAUACUGAUGAUGUCAACACCCAUGCCCAAGGACAGGACACAGUGGACCAGGGUAUCAGGCUUGCGGUCAUCUGCUCAAAAUCGGACCUCCCGGAAGACCAAAGGUCAAACCGUGAUAUGGUGUUUGAAAUACGGUACUGCCUUGGGAGCAGUGGCUUCUGCCAGUCGGAAGAUAAUGUCAUAGCUACACUGAGCCGCUUCUACAAUGCGACUAUUCUGGAGAAUACACCAUAUCAAAGAGGCUGGAUGGAAAAAGAAACUUUUCCAGAUAACAUUACUCUUCAUCUCAUUGCCAAGCAGGAAAGUGUGUCCCACUGUCUGAAGUGCCACAGGACUGUAGAUGUGACAUUCAAGCCUCAAGACUUGGCCGUCAGCACACUCUGCUUCAAAGACCUCGCCACCCUCUCUGGUUGCCUGUCUAGCGGACCUUUCAGCAUCUGUGGACCCUCGAUUUCAGUCUUUUCACAGCUAACACGAAUUAUGUCAUCUAUUAACAAUCUUCCAACAGUUUUAUUACACAGGCUGCCAAACUCGGUGACAUGUUAUGAAGAAAGUUACGGAUUAGCUACCCUCAUCGUUCUUGUUAGCAAUGUAAUUCUGCAAAUUGGCUUGGGGGGUGUGUUCUUAUUUAUGCUGGCUAAGAUUAUGAACUUUAUUCAAAAAUACCUGACACCAUUGGAUGUUGCCACUUCUAACGAUGAACGGGAGGGCAUGUAUGGUGACGAAGACUUGAGUGCAGUACAUUUGAGGAGAACACGGCAAUAGUAGUGAACCUCCCAUUACACAAACAGCCUUCAACAUCAUCAAAUAAUGCCUGGGUUGGAGGGAAAAAGCCGAUUAUUCUUUUGGUUUUGGCGGCUGACUUGCAUUGGAGGAGAUAGUCAUCUGAUGGAGGCUAGCCCAUGACCAGAAAACUUGCCUUCUCAGUACAAACGGGUGUCGAUUUAUAAAUGGAGAGGUGGCAAAAAAGAUUGAACUUUGUCAUCCCCUAGGCUUGAUGAACCACUUACAGUUCAUGUCCUUGUGGCCACUAGGCUUGAUGACCCUUUUCCUUUUAUGCGUCGGUUGCUAUAUGACGUGUUGUAUUGUUUUUGUGUGACUGUUUAUGAAUUGUGUUUGUACUUCACGAAAAACCACAUGUUGUUUUGUAAUGUGUAUUAGUAAGUGAUGUAUGUCAUUGAUGAGCUCAGCUAUGCUUCUAGCACAAAUAAAUGCUGGUUUAGACACAAUC